AUGGCCUACAAGCAAGACGAACCACCCGCCUACGGUCCUCCCCCAGGUGCCCCUCAGCCUACCUACGGUGGCUAUCAGCAAGAUCCAUACCAGCAGGGCCCUCCGCCGGGUCAGCAACCCUACUAUCAGCAAGGUCCUCAAAUGGGAUACUACAACCAGCAGCAAGGUCCCUUCCCAGCUGGACAGGGCCCCUAUCCUCCUCAGCCAGGUCCUUAUGGCCAGCCCGGCGGCCCUCCCCCUCAAGGCUACUAUCCCGAAGACGAUAGAAGAGGUGGCGGUUCCGGAGGUGGCCUCAUGACUGGAUUGCUCGCCGGUCUGGCAUGCUGCUGCUGCUUGGACUGCCUCUUCUAA